UGAUUUACGAUUUCUGCUGUGGAUUUCUGUUUUUUGGCUUUUCGAAAAACAACUUUCUAAAAUGCUUCGUAUUUAACUCGAAACCAGAUGUUUUGAAUUAAUUGUCGAGAAUGCGACAAACGUCCACAAAACAACUCGUCAGGAUAUCCAAUCUAAACAGAAAUCUUAUCAGGUACUUUGUGAUAAUUUUGGAAAACAAAAUUUACGUUUUAUGUUGAUUCUAUCGCACAAACACCCAAGAUAAUAUUGAAUAAUUUAAGUUUGCUAAAGAAGGUCAAACAUGUUUCAUUACAAUUGCUAAUUACACUUGAAGCAGACACAUUAUAAAAGUAUAUUUAUAUUAAAUUUUGGAGAAUUUGUCAUGUCUCUGAACAACUUUUCAGUUACAAUUUUAAGAGAAGUUCUAAAAAAUGGCACAAGAUCUUUUAGUUUGCACCAGUUGUCUGAACAGCAUUUAUUAUUACAGAAAACAUGCAAGGAUUUUGCUACGAAAGAACUAAAACCCAUAGCAAGUCAGCUAGAUAAAGAAAAUAAAUAUCCUACAGAACAGAUAAACAAACUAGGUAAAUUAGGAUUAUUAGGCAUAACAGCCGAUCCAAAAUAUGGAGGUAGUGGAGAAAGUCUGCUUGGACUUGCUGUAGCUGUUGAAGAAAUAUCCAAAGGCUGUGGAGGCACAGGUGCUAUAAUUUCAAUACAUAAUGCUUUAUAUGUUAACUUACUAAAUAGACUGGGCACUGAAGAACAGAAAGAAUGUUUUUUAAGACCCUUUACUCAGGAAAGCAUUGGUUGUUUUGCUCUUAGCGAACCAGAUGCAGGAAGCGAUGUAAGUGCUAUUUCAACCACGGCAGUACUCGAGGGAGACCAUUACAUAUUAAACGGUACAAAAUCGUGGGUUACCUCUGGGAAUGUGUGUAAAGCGGCUGUGAUUUUUGCCACAAUCGAUAAGUCUUUGAAGCACAAAGGUAUUACAAGCUUCCUGGUGCCUGUACCGACACCAGGGUUGUCUUUCGGUAAACUCGAAGAUAAAAUGGGUAUUAGGGCUUCGCCGACUUGUGAUUUUAUUUUGGAGAAUGUCAGGGUUCCUAAAGAGAAUGUAAUAGGAGAUGUUUGUGGUGGAUUUUUGGUAGCUAUGAACCAGUUGGAGAGAGCCAGGGUUGGGAUAGCUGCACAAGCUUUGGGGAUAGCGCAGGCCGCUUUGGAACUGGCUGCAAAAUAUGCUUUAGAAAGGAAAGCCUUUGGACAACCUAUUGGAAAUUUACAUGCAGUAAAGUUGAGGCUGUCUGAAAUGGCAACAAGGCUGGAAUCGGCAAGGCUAUUGGUCUGGAGGGCUGCGGUGUUGACAGAUGAACAAUCUAGGUCGACAAAAUACACGUCUAUGGCCAAAUUGGCUGCUAGCGAGGCAGCUACCUUUGUAACACAUGGUGCUAUUCAAAUUUUAGGAGGAAUGGGUUAUGUUAAAGAUAUGCCCGCAGAAAGACACUACAGGGAUGCCAGAAUUACCGAAAUUUACGCGGGCGUCAACGAUGUACAGAAGUUAUUAAUUGGUGACAUGGUUCUUAAGGAGUAUAAAUAAAUUAAUAUAUAAUUUAUUAGUUAUGAAGAUUAAAUUUGUUUGUCAGCUGUUUUUUAUUUGUUCUAGUUUUUUAAUUUUUAAUUUUUAGUGUAAUUUUUUUAGAAAAUUUCUAGAUUUAAUAUAAGAUAAAAAGUUCCAAAGUUUUUUAUUAAUGACAAAUUGAAAACAGCUGGCUAUUAUGGUGUAUUUUGUACUGAAAAUUUUAUAUUUAAAUGUUGUAAAGUAUUUCUUCAAAAAAUAAAUUUAUUUUUA